AUGGCGGUGCUCCCACUGUCUCUGCCGCUGAUCGUCUCCUCGAUCACAUUCGACCUAAUAUUCCAUGAACUUAAAGGAUCACCGAUAGUUCUACUAUCACCAUCAAGAAACAUCACCUUCUCAGUGGUUGGACAUAGCCUCCUAGCGGAUACGGUAGCCGUAGCGCAUUUGGAUGUCGGUGUGAAGGUGUCGCUGUCGGUGAAAUGUAUCUCCGACACUUCCGUGCAUAUUUCUACAGCUGGUCUAAACUCGUUACUGUAUUCCCCGUCGCUGUGCUCAUCCGCGAAUGGAGUGCUUGUGGAUGAGUUGUCUUUGCACGGAUGUGUUAGCGAUUUCUAUCAAGGUUCAAAUUUAUUGUUGACGAAGUUAUGCGGCAACACAAAAUCAGAACCGGGGUCGACGAGAACAGUGUCACCGUCGACGUUACAGCCGAUCUAUGUAGCUGAACCGUUGGAGGUCAACGAAGGUGGAUCGAUGCCGCUACAAUGGAAAAAUAUCUACAUUUUGCCGGAACAUUCCCGUUUCAACGUAUCGAACAAGCAGAUCACAUUUUCCAUAGUCGAGGGUCCCCAUCAUGGGACGCUAAUCCUUGACGGUCAACCAUGUUCCGCAUUUGACUAUAGUCAACUUUUGUCCAGAAAUGUCAUAUACCGCCAUGACGGCAGCGAAACCACACAGGAUCAGUUGGAAUUUCAGCUGGACAUAAAUUCUAAGAAGACCGAUUUUCCUUGGCUCGACUCAGCAACGUAUGUGCUUCGGAUCCGUAUCAACCCGGUGAAUGACCCUCCGGAACUGACAGAGGCAAAACGAGGCCAAGUGAUCAAAAUCUCCGCCAAAGGAAGCCGGAUUCUCGCUCCUGACCAAAUCAUACUAUCGGAUCCAGACGACGGACCGGAUAAGGUUCGAGUGCAAGUGGUUGAGGGGCGUGGUGUUCAUUUACGGAUUCGAAAUGCUACAGUAACUGAAUUUACACAAAGACAAUUCAUUAAUAGAAUGGUAUCCAUUCAUGAUGAGGGUUUAUUCGAGAAAGGUGUUCUACGAUUGGUGGCCAGAGAUGGAGAUGCAAGAUCACAGGUGCUAACGUUGCAUACCGUUAGUACACCUGUAGAGGUUCGACUGAAAACAAACACUGGAGUUCGACUGUUGCAUCACUCAUCGGCUUUGAUUACCUCAAAUAAUCUUUCCUUCACCGCAACCGUUCCGGACCUACCGAUCACGUUCUCGAUUGUUGGACUUCCAGACCACGGAGUGGUGGAAUGCAGUCCAGAACAUGGUCAUUUUGCUGUAUGUAGCACUUUCAGUCAAAAUCAGAUUGAUCGAGGUCUUGUUCGAUUUCGCCAUACAAGCAGUCAUCAUCCUACUCAUGAUAUGUUCAGUUUUCAGGUCGAAUCUGGCGAUUAUGUGUCGAUGAUUCACAAUUUCCGGCUAAUGUUUAUUCCAAUGAACGUGAAGGUUUUCAAUCGAGAAGUUUUUAUGCUGAACGGAACUGAAUCGGGCACGUUGAGUCGAGCAAAUCUUUUCGCGUGGACAUUUCCAAAAAGUUAUCCGCCUGACAAGCUGGUUUUCCAUAUCGAGGAACCACCCAAAUAUGGGAUUCUUUCUCGAAAAAUCAACGGAAAAAGUCGUAGAAUUGGUGUUUCAUCGAAUUUCACACAAGCGGAUCUUGAUGAUCGAUUGAUCUCUUACAAGUUGCAUUUCAUGCAAUACUCUAUUAUUAAUGAUUUCUUUUUGUUUCGUGUGAUCACGCCGGCGAUUUUCUCGGAAUCACUUCGGUUUGAGAUCAUUUUUCUACCUACUCAAACCUCUAUACAGUUGGUAAAUCGUACGGUAGUUGUUCAAGAAGGAGAAAUGGCUACGAUCACUUCGGAUUCCCUAUCGCUAGCCACUCCAGACGAUUCAUUCUUUGUUUUUAAACUUGCUCUAGCACCCAUACAAGGAGUUCUAAUGCUAAAAUCAGGAUCCAGUAACAAAACACUCGUGGUUGGCAUGAAUUUCACCACCAAGGAUAUUGCCGAGGAACGUCUCAUCUAUUCCCAUUCUGGAUCCGAAUCCCGUACGGAUCGCCUUCACCUCAUCGCUGAAUCGGCGUUCCGCAAAGGACGACGUAUACCGCUGUGGAUGUCGUUCUCCAUCAUCCCAGUGAAUGAUAAUAGGCCACGCCUACAAGGCAGUGAUACGAUUCAGAUAGUCGAAAGAGGCGAACGAGUGCUUCAUCCGUACCUGCUUGAUUGGGUGGACGACGAUUCGGAUGGAGCUCCACUGCAGUUCAACUUUUAUCAACCUAUCAAGGAUGCUGCCGUGCUUUCCACUGUUUCCCCGUAUCAUCCGAUGACCGCAUUCACUGAGAAGGAUCUUCAACAGGGAAAAAUAAUGCUCCGACAUCUUGGUCACAAAAGUAAUUUUACGAUCAGCUAUACCGUAAGCGAUGGGAAGCAUACAGUCGAAGGUCUCGUGCGGAUAUUGGCCUCAAAUCCAUUCAUUCGAUUAGGCGAAAGUCUUUUGGAAUAUUGUUGUCUUCCCGGUGACACUCCUAACCUUCCUGUGGGACCCCUGAAUCUGUCCAUCAUUACAAAUUUGGAUAUUCGACUGGAAGACAUCGUUUAUCAGACACAAUCCGAUAAUUUUCUCAUCCAGCAUCACAGAUCAAGGCGACCAACACGGACAUUUACUCAAAAAGAUAUAAACGGGGGAAAAAUCUCUUACAAUGUUGGAACCGUCGGUUCGGAGCCGUUCACAGUGCGAGUUGCGAAUCAGAGUUUAAAAGCAGAAGUACAGAUAGUGCGUCGAUCUUUGGGUGCAUCCUUAGAACUGAGACGAUCCACCGCGCUAUCGCUUCCGGUCGGAGGUGUUGUAGCGAUUGACUCGAAUCAUUUGGAGAUUGGAGAUGCGACCAGUUCCGCGGAUGAUCUGAUCUAUCACGUGAUCAAACAACCGCAAGAGGGGACACUUGUUCUGGAACGAGACAACACCACGUCAACCCCGCAGAUGCCUGCGCAGCGUUUCUCACAGCGAGAUAUCGAUUUGGGACGCGUACAGUAUAUUCAUAGCGCUAGCGGUUCCGGUAGGGAUACGAUCCAAUUCAAUAUCACCUCACCACAUAUCACUAAGGGACCGUAUAUGCUCUAUAUUGAAAUUUAUGAACAUCAUGUCUCAUUGGCGGUCUCACCGCUACAAGUUGUUACGGGUGCAUCGACGGUGAUCUCCACUGGUGUCAUCAAUGUCUCAUCAUCGGAUCGUGAAGAUUAUGUGAUUAAUGUGGUCGAGAAGCCAAUGUACGGAUGGAUAGUGCUGGAUUCAUGGAGUGUUGGGAAUAUUAGCUCCAUCGAUUCAUUUAGUGGUACGGAGUUGCGUGAACGACGUGUUGUGUACGUUUCGGAUCGUGAUUCCACGGCGAGUAGGGAUUCAUUCUCGAUUGCUGCAUGUAUUUCGCAUCAUACAUGCACACAACCACAAAUUAUCGACGUUACCAUGUCCCAGCGUAAUGUACAGAGUCCACAACUUCUGCGAAACGAAAUCCUCCGAGUUAGCGUUGACAAAACGCUCAUCACCAACACUCACCUCGACACUGAGGAUCCGGACACUCCUCCCAGUGGAGUGUUCUUCCUUAUCUCACGGCCAUCGAACGGAAUUGUGGUGAACGCGAACGAUUUGUCGAAAGCGAUCUACAAUUUCUCACAGAAGGAUGUUGACGAGUCUUCGGUGGUCUUUAUGAGGCAUCCUAAUGCAUCCGGAUCUGGAGGCUUCUCUUUCCUCUUGUCUGAUGGAAUUCAUCAAAUUGGACCGGAAUGGUUUUCUAUAGAGAGUUGGACCAGUAGUUCACCGGUUCUUCAGGCUAACGCUCGACUUUUGGCAUCACCGAACGCGAAUACGGUAAUUGGAGUGGAAACGCUACGAGCGAACAUCCCAAAUACUCGUCCGGAAGAGAUCCUCUAUUCGGUUUCUAAGCUGCCUAAGCACGGAAAAUUGAUGGUGGAUUCGUUGGAGUCGGAAAAAUUCAGUCAGCUCGAUAUCAAUCGGAAUCGUGUUACUUACAAUAACGAAGGGAUAUCUCAAAACGAAUGGACCAGAAAGGAUUCCUUCUAUUUUGUGCUACAAAAGAAUGGUUCCGAUACUCCUAUCGAGGAAGAAUUCAGGUUCCGUAUCUCUUCCACAUACGCUGCACUUCAGGAUCCUACAGAAAACUACGUGAAAAUUUCCCCGUUAACCACAUCAAAAGGAGGAUCUGUGGCGUUGACGUCAGCGCACCUUGAUGCUACCGUGCUUGCCACAUCUGCUAUUGACGAGAAUCUUAUUCUGGAAAUAUCCACCCCACCACGCCAUGGUGUACUCGAGUUCCUUGACGGAACGGCUAACCAGCUGACUUGGCCUGAUUUUCGAGCUGAAACCAAGUUAAUCUAUAAACAUGGAGGUGAAGAUUCACGCGAUGACUCGGUGACAUUUUUCAUUUUUCCUGCGAGUGAAAAAACGCGUAGAUCUAGUAGACUUAGGGUCACUUUGCCUAUCCAUAUCACAACGCUGCGGGACCCACUUGUUCAGGUUUCAAAGUUUCCAACCUCUCUUUCUAUCAGAAACUCCGGUUCUAUGCCAAUUUCUUCACAACUCUUCUCCGCCUCACAUCCACACGUUCCAUCUCAGUCAAUUGUCUACGAAAUUACACAUCCAGGAACGGCUGGUACAGAGAUUCGAGUGAACGGGCAGAAAAGAAGCAUGUUCAGUCAGGAACAGAUCAACGAAGGUGUCGUUUCAAUUGGUCAUGCUCCCUCUUCAACAACUCUUUCAUCGCAUGACGUGCUCGUCUUCUCCGUGGAAGGUCAUACUCGUGCUCUCGUGGUUCGAUUCAAACCGCUUGACUUAGCCUUGGAAAACCAUACCACAAUUGAAUAUCCACAAGGAAAAACAUACGUGGUGCUGAAUCGGACCCAUCUUGGUGCUUAUUCGAAUGGAAAUAGAUCAGCGAUUACUUAUAAGAUAGUUAGCGGACCUGAGAAUGGGACCUUCUAUUGGGUAGCCGGUGAAAAAGAAGCAAAACAAUUCACACAGAAGGAUAUCGAUGACGGGAAAAUUCUUUACGCUCAGCUUAAUAUGCACUCUUAUAAGGAUAGUUUCGAGUUUGUCUUGGCAAACACUGAGAAAGGGAUUGUUCGAAAUCGUUCUGAUAUUGUCGUAAAACCAUUGGUUGUUGUGCAACCGGUCAUUGUGGAGACAAACAAUGCGAUUCCGUUAACUGCCAGCCAAUUGAAUGCUAGUGCUUUACAGGGAUCAACACCAAGGUUCUUAAUCACUUCGACUCCUCAAUAUGGUCGAAUAUCACUUGAUCCCGUCGCAAAUCACUCUGCACUUUUCUUCACAUUCCCCGACAUACUCCGAGGAAGAGUCUACUAUCAGGCCUUUAGCACCGAUAGAGAGGUUACCGAAAAUCUGGAGCUAGAAGUACGUGCGGACAGCGUUCAGCCAGCCCGUCUUGUGCUCCCUAUCACUAUCAUCCCUACUGACAGCGAAACGUUGGAGCAAGCAGAGAAAGAGGAUGAGCGAAUGAACAAACAAAAAGAGGAGACGCAAACUGAAGCGCCUAGACUGUCGCCGAUCAGCGAACAACUACCAGUAUGUCCACGAAAUUAUGCACUUCAAUUGUUCCUGAUUUUGGUUAUUAUUUUGGUAAUUAUCCUCUUUGUCACCGUGUGUGUGCUUAUGUGCCGACGGCGACCGAAGAAAAAACGUACACCGCCGGAGUCAACGCCACAAUUGGCUUCAACGCCUAGGACAUCUUUGCCGGAGAAACCGGACCUAUUAGGAUCUACAGUUUUUGCACAUGUAGGGAAAUCGGAGGCACCACCGCCACGGCAACCUCUGAAGACGUUUGAACGAACGCAGAUUACGCCGCUUAGCAAAAGGCGAUUGCAACCUUCAUUAGACUAUGCUGGGUUGGCCACUGACACACCACCGCCGAUGCCAUUGUUUAAACAAUUGACGGCACAACGAUCUGAUGCUCAUCACUGGGUCUAG